CAAAAAUACUCAAACAAUCAAAACCCAACUGAGAGAGUAUGAAAUUUCCAUGAAAAACCAGCAUGAAAAUUGACUAUAAAAAUCUGCAAUAAAAACCAGCAGAAAUUUCCUUUCAUAUCUGAGGAAGAGGAUGAAUAUAUCGAUGACAGAGGAAGAACUUCGAUUUCUCCGGGAAAAGGCGGAGCACCUGAAUCUGAACAAUGCUGCCCAGUUGAAUGGUGGAAACAUCAAUCUUGGGGAGGGGAAAAUGGGAAAUGACAUCAAUAGUCUGAUGGGUCUUGCUGGUUUUCAUGGAAAUGGGGCUAAUAAUGGCAAUCUCAGUGGUAUGGGAGGAGGAGGGUUUCAAGUCCAAGCAAACAACGAUUUCCAUGGUACUGCUGUUGUUUCCGCAGGAAUUCCCAAUGGUGGUCUGGCAUUAUAUUCCAAAACACACAGAAAUCCCCAUUCUACUUGAACACUUGCUCAAUCAUGACAACACAUUCAGAGAUCCAACAAAAAUCAAAGAAAUCAACUCACCAGAAGGCCAGAUCGUUCCAGAUGAUUCGAUUGAAGUGUGCCCUAAAUCCUUUCGUCCAAGUCACCAAAUGUUCAGUGUCCUUCCUCUUUUCCGAAUGUUCCUUUAUCAAGAGAGGACUGAGUGUGCAGAUCUUGAUCUGGACUCAGCGAUGGUGGAGCUCCUGUGGAGUGAGGAUUUUGGCGCAAAAAUGGCAGUCGUUGAUGAGGUAGCUAGCCGGGGAGGUCUCGAUAGAAAAAGGUUGCAAAUAUCGGCUUAUCUAAAUUGUCUAGCAGGAUACGUAGUCUGUUGGA